AUGAGUGUAGAACAGUUGGAAGCAAAUUCAGAUUGUAGACGAGUUGAAGACAUAUCCUUGCUGUCACAUUCAAAAUCCGUGGAUGACGUUUACAUUCCCCAAGUGGCUGAAAACUGCAAACCAAAGGUUAGACAAGAGUUUGAAUCGAUAGAUGGGGUACAUGAGUUCUACAUUAAAUAUGCAAAAGAGGCGGGGUUUAGUGUUUGUAGCAGUUUGACUAAGAGAUGUAAAGGUGCGAAAGAAGUUGUCAGGAAAGAAUUUGUGUGUUUUAAGGAAGGAGUAUCUUCUAUAAAGGACGGUGAGAGAAAAAGGUGGCAGGGGAUGACAAGAGAAAAUUGUAAAGCUAAACUUGCCGUGGUUAGGUCAAAAACGGGGAAAUUUGUCAUCACUUUUUCAGCAGCAAAUGUGCCAACUCAUCAACAAAUAAGCAUUCUUGAAUUUGAAGCUGGAGGUAUAGGGAAUAUUGGGUGUACAAAGAAGGAUAUAUAUAACCAUGAAGCUAAGGUGCGGAAUGAAUUAAGAGGACAAGAUGCAGAACUUUUAAAGGAAUAUUUCCUAACCGAGCAAGAAAAAGAUCCAUGCUUCUUUUUUAAAAUAGAUGUAGAUGAUGAUGGUAAAUUGAAGCGUUGUUUUUGGGCUGAUUCGGUGUCUAGAAGAGCUUAUGAAUGUUUUGGUGAUGUAGUUGUAUUUGAUACAACUUACAACACUAAUCAAUAUGGUAUGAUAUUUGCACCCUUGGUGGGGGUGAACAAUCAUGGUCAAACGGUGCUUUUUGCAUGUGCCUUUUUAAGUGAUGAAAAAACAGAAUCAUUUGUUUGGUUGUUUGAGCUAUUAAAGGAUAGCAUGCUGACGAACAACCCAAAAAUGAUCAUUACAGAUCAAGAUCCUGCAAUGACAAAGGCUAUAGUUCAGAGCUUACCGAAUACAUUUCAUAGGUAUUGUAGUUGGUACAUACUUGAGAAGUUCUCUACGUAUUUAAAUGCGAUCACCUAUAGAGAUUUUUAUAAGGACUUCCAACAAUGCAUUUGGGAAUCAGAAUGCCCUGAAGAGUUUGAAAGAAAAUGGGUGACUACCAUUGAGAAGGCAAGCCUAGAUAACAAUGAUUGGUUAAAAUCAAUAUUUGAGCUAUGUUCAAGAUGGGUGCCUGCAUAUGUUAACCAUAUAUUCUCAGCUGGAAUGUCAAGUAGCCAACGUGCGGAAAGCUCCCAUGCAUUUUUCAAGAAAUAUGUUUCGAAGAGAAACUUAUUGAUGGAUUUCAUACUUCGAUUUAAUAGGGCGCUUACACAGGAACGUCACGAAGAAUUAGGGGCUGAUCACUUUCAAGAUGAGUUGUGGAAUAGCUUAGUAAUAAUGCCACAAUUUGUUCGUGAAAAUGCUACACACAAAAUGUAUAUGGUCGAGAGUAGUCCAAAAGAACAUGUUCGUAGAGUGCGGGAAAUUGCUUAUGAUAAAGAAUUGGACUUUACAUCUCGUACAUGUAAGAAGUUUGAGAGUGAAGGACUUCCCUGUAGACAUAUCUUGGCAUUCUUGAGACUGUUUGGUAACAUUCCUUUGCCAAAUCAAUAUAUAAUGAAAAGGUGGACUAGAGGUGCAAAAUGUCAAAUAAUAACCGAUAAGCAAGGUGUUGAGAUAGGUGGACAGUGUAGUUCAAUGUUGACUUGGCAAGCUAAACUAUUCCAACUUGCUUCGGAAGUCAUUGAUAAAGCCAUAAUAUAUGAAGAGGCAAGUGUAAUUGUGAAUGAUGGUCUUCAAAGUUUGCUAGGCAAGAUUGAAUCCAUAGUUAGCAACACAAAAAGUGGAGGCAUUUCUGAAAAAGGUAGCACUGCUCAUGACUAUGAGGCUUUGAAAGACCCAUCUGCUGUGAGGGCAAAGGGAUGCGGACAAAGAUUAAAAAGGGGAAAGGAGAAGGCAACAAAUGCCGCAAAGGAAACUGUCCACUCCUCAACAAUCCGUCCUCGCAAAAUGAGGAAAGUCCUCAGCACGCCUCGGAAUAUGAUUCUAAAGCUGAUAGUUUGUCUUCCACAGGAAUUUUCUGGCCUCUACUUAGGUGUGUUUGUCAAUGGAUAG